CUUUGGGAACCUGGAUCCUUUGGGAAUGCAUUUCUUCUUCUGUUCUUUGACUCCACUCCACUCGUCGUUAUUAUUGCUGGGCGCCUUGAUAUCUUUUUCAUUGUACUCCCAUUGUUGAUAACUUGUCCUCGAGCAACAGAAGACUCGCCACUCUAGCAAGCUAGCCAGUCUCGAGCAGUUGUUGUGAAGAGGAAGAUGUUUUCGAGGUGUUUGCUUCGGGGAAGGCGGGCUGUUGUACCCUUUUCGGCUCGUUUCUCCCAGCCGGCUGUGUCUCCCAUGUGUCAACAGUUUCGAUGCUUCUCUGUUGAACAUGAGUCCAAAAAACAAACCAAACCAAAGGGGCCAGCCACUGAAAAAAACGAUGAUGGCAAUGGUAGUAUAGUCAAGAAGAGACGCGAUGAUCCCUCUGCAGAUUUGCCCAUCAGCUUUGCCGACAUUAGCCGAGCUCAUGUUGCUAUUCGAGACGGAAUUGUGAGGACCCAAUGCGAAAAGAGCUUCUUUCUAUCAGAGCUAGUUGGAGCUAAUAUCUAUCUCAAGCCAGAGUUCCGCCAAUUCACAGGUUCCUUCAAAGAACGAGGGGCUCGCAAUGCCAUCCUCCAGCUCAAGCGAAAGGCAGGCGGAGACAAGAUCAAGGGCGUCAUCGCGGCCUCCGCUGGGAAUCAUGCCUUGGCAUUGGCUUAUCAUGGGCAAAGUCUCAAUGUACCGGUGACGGUGGUCAUGCCAACAGUGGCUCCAUUAUCGAAGGUUGACAAAUGCCGAAAAUUCGGCGCUCGCAUCAUAAUUGAGGGAGCCCAUAUUGGAGAAUCCAAGACCUACGCUGAAUCUGUUGUCCAAAACGAAGGGCUAACCUACAUAAAUGGCUAUGAUGAUCCUGAAAUUUGCGCUGGUGCUGGAACCAUCGGAAUUGAAAUGGUUGAUGACGUGCCCGAUGUAGAUGCAGUUGUGGUGCCGGUAGGAGGUGCGGGGCUCAUUGCUGGUAUAUCCUGUGCUGUGAAAACAUUGAAACCCGAAUGCAAAGUCAUUGGAGUCGAGCCUGAGUAUGCUGCCUCGUACACAGCAGCAAUCAAGGCUGGCAAACCAGUGCCCGCGCAAGUCACACCAACACUUGCCGAUGGUUUGGCCGUACCCGUCGUGGGGGCGCAUGCCUUUGAGGUAGCAAAGCACUAUGUGGAUGAAUGCGUUCUCACCAACGAAAAGCAAAUCUCCCUGGCUGUGCUUCGGCUCAUUGAAAACGAAAAGAUGGUCGUUGAAGGCGGAGGUGCGGCAGGCUUGGCUGCCCUUCUUCCUGGCGGGGCUUUGGAUCGGGCUGACCUAAAGGGUAAGAACAUCAUCGUGCCACUUUGUGGUGGAAACAUCGACACAACCGUACUAGGAAGGGUGAUCGAUAGAGGUUUGUCCGCCGACAAUCGACUUUGCAACUUCUAUGUGACUGUUUCGGAUAGACCCGGGGGCAUUGCAAACUUCACUGCGUUGCUGAGCAAGGAAGGAGCCAGUAUCAAGGAUAUUUACCAUGAACGAGCUUGGCUCCAUACUCAUGUAGAUCAAGUACAAGUCAAGUGUGUCGUGGAGUUGCAAGGUACCGAACACGGCAAGCGUGUCAAGAAGGCUCUGCUAGACGCUGGAUACCCUGUUGCCUGGAACAUUGAUGUUUGUUCGUGAGAAAACGCCAAUGACUUUAUAAGCUGCAUGACUCAAUUGGUUGGAGCAAGGUCACAUCAGGCAGCUCAACAGAACAUAGCCACCAUUGACAAUUCACCAAUCAGAGCCCCCGAAGGAAAGGAGCGGGCAAAUCCUUCCCCAAGGAAGAGCGCCAUCGCCCACAAGCUCACCAAUGAGAAACGAGCCUGAGAUAUAAAUAGCGACCUCAAUCCUUACUUUUCAACCACAUUUGUGCGUUCACAGGUGCAGAGCCAACCAAAUAAGUAGCGUUACUGGUCGUUGUCCAACAACAACUCCACUUGAAACAUUCUUCAAUGGCACUCAAGCAACAACCCAAUCAAUCUUCUAUCUGCAUUUCACUCGACCGCAGAUAUAGCUCAAGUUAGCAGCUCUGCUGAUUGCAUAUUAUCUAGCUAGCUUGGGGAUUCUCUGAUGGAUUGAUGCAAUCGGAAAUUUGCUUCAUUCCUAGCCCGAAGUGUAAAGAGCUGUCUGGCUCUAACCAGCAUCCGUUUGUUUGUCUCCUCCAGAGAAGGCUGAAGGUAAAUGUCUGACAAGGAUCGGGGCACUUCAUCUUCCUCCCCAAGGGGAACACGGCAGCCCAAUUGUAGUUUGGAUAUGAGGGCCUUGGAAUACACGUUUUUAACAAGGGACCAGAACAUGUUUGCAAGAGUCCCUGUGUUGAAGGCCAAGAACUUGGUGAAGGUAAUAGGAUAAAGUUCCCCCAUUUCCAAAUUGAACUGAUAGCAGAAUUCCAGUUUUAGAUUGUCCCAAUCAAAGCUGCCAAAAUCACCCAUGGUCUGGUGACCAUUUCGGAUGGUUGCCAGAGUUGGCUGGCACACAAGGAAAUAGUAGUAGCAUCCUACCUGUAAAGGCAAGAAAGAAUAACGAAUUGGGCCUGUGAGCCACCAGGGGUCCUUGCUAAAGUUGGCUGACACACGAGGAAAGAAUACAUGAAUCCUACCUGUGAGGUAAGAAACCAAUGACAAUUCAGUUCUUGAGCAAUCCUCAGCACAAAUUAUUCAAUCUAUUGCUGGUAGCACAUACCAUGCAACUUCUCCAGUUUUCCUCCGAUUCCAUAGCGGCUAUGUAGUUGUGUUUCCCAUUAUUCAUGACAUGGAGACCCUCAUUUUUUACUGGAUCAACAUCCAGACAAAGAAGGCCUCCUGGAAAGAGUUGAAACAGCUUUGAAAGCAUUUCAAGCCCCUGUUCCACCGAAUUGUUAACACCGUAUUGCUUUUGAAAGGCCUGUAUUCUGGCUAUUCUCUUGAGCGC